CCUGUGCCGCGCUGCGCGCCUGCUGCCGGCUGCUGCCGCCACGGCCCGAAACUCGGCCCCAGCCCCAGCCCCGCGGCCGCCUCCGCGCCUCGCCUCCUCCUCCUCUUUCUCCUCCGCCUGCUCCUCCUCCUCCUCCUCUGCUUCCCACCGCUCUCCGCCGCAGCCCGCCAUGCAGGCCUUCCAGUACCCCGAGGUGUACCGCGACGAGACCGCUGUGUCGGAUUACCAUGGAUGUAAAAUCAGUGAUCCGUACUGCUGGCUUGAAGAUCCCGAUAGCGAACAGACAAAGGCAUUUGUGGAGGCUCAGAACAAGCUCACAGUACCCUUUCUUGAGCAGUGUCCUGUCAGAGGACUGUUCAAGGAACGAAUGACUGAGCUCUAUGAUUAUCCCAAGUACAGCUGCCACUUCAAGAAAGGAAAAAGGUAUUUUCACUUCUACAAUACAGGGCUCCAGAAUCAGCGAGUUUUAUAUGUACAAGACUCCUUGGAUGCUGAUGCCAAAGUUUUUCUCGAUCCAAAUAAGCUUUCUGAUGAUGGCACUGUGGCUUUACGAGGUUAUGCAUUCAGCGAAGACGGUGAAUACUUUGCCUAUGGCCUGAGUUCUAGUGGCUCUGAUUGGGUUACUAUCAAGUUUAUGAAAGUAGAAGGUCCUGAGGAUCUCCCAGAUACACUGGAGAGAGUUAAAUUCAGUUGCAUGGCAUGGACCCAUGAUGGAAAAGGCAUGUUCUAUAACUGCUACCCAAAACAAGAUGGGAAAAGUGAUGGCACUGAGACCUCCACUAAUCUGCAUCAAAAGCUGCAUUACCACGUAUUAGGAACAAACCAGUCAGAAGAUAUCCUAUGUGCUGAAUUUCCUGAUGAACCAAAAUGGAUGGGUGGAGCUGAGGUGUCAGAUGAUGGUCGAUAUGUCUUGCUGUCUAUCAGAGAAGGCUGUGAUCCAGUGAACAGACUGUGGUACUGUGAUCUACAGAAAGAGUCUCAGGGUAUAUCAGGAAUUCUUCAAUGGGUGAAGCUGAUAGAUAACUUUGAGGCCGAGUAUGAGUAUGUCACCAAUGAAGGAACAGUGUUCACUUUCAAGACAAACCGCCAUUCUCCAAAUUAUCGGUUAAUCAACAUUGACUUCAGUGAUCCAGAGGAAUCCAAAUGGAAAGUUCUCGUCCCUGAACAUGAAAAAGAUGUUCUAGAAUGGGUUGCUUGUGUGAGGUCCAAUCUCCUGGUUUUGUGCUACCUGCAUGACGUGAAGAAUGUCCUGCAGCUUCAUGACCUAGCCACUGGCGCACAUCUCAAGACUUUUCCCCUAGAGGUUGGCAGUAUUGUGGGAUAUAGUGGCCAAAAGAAGGACACUGAAAUAUUCUACCAGUUUACUUCCUUUUUAUCUCCAGGUAUUAUAUAUCACUGUGAUCUGACCAAAGAGGAACUGGAGCCAAGAGUUUUCCGAGAAGUGACUGUUAAAGGAUUUGAUCCUUCGGUUUACCAGACAAUUCAGGUUUUCUACCCUAGCAAAGAUGGCACUAAGAUCCCAAUGUUUAUUAUUCACAAGAAAGGAAUUAAAUUAGACGGUUCUCAUCCUGCCUUCUUGUAUGGAUAUGGAGGCUUCAACAUAUCAAUUACACCAAGCUACAGUGUGUCAAGACUUAUUUUUGUGCGACACCUGGGAGGUGUUCUAGCAGUGGCGAACAUCAGGGGCGGUGGUGAAUAUGGGGAGACCUGGCACAAAGGUGGUAUCUUGGCCAACAAACAAAAUUGCUUUGAUGACUUUCAGUGUGCUGCCAAAUACCUCAUCAAGGAAGGCUACACAUCCCCAAAGAAGCUGACUAUUAAUGGAGGCUCAAAUGGGGGCCUUUUAGUUGCUGCCUGUGCUAAUCAGCGCCCUGACCUAUUUGGUUGUGCUAUUGCCCAAGUGGGAGUGAUGGACAUGCUCAAAUUCCACAAGUACACCAUCGGCCAUGCUUGGACCACUGACUAUGGUUGCUCCGACUGUAAAGAGCAGUUUGAAUGGCUGUGCAAGUACUCUCCACUUCACAAUGUCAAACUGCCAGAAGAAGAUGGUGUCCAGUACCCCUCCACGCUGCUUCUCACAGCGGACCAUGAUGACCGUGUGGUCCCUCUGCAUUCACUGAAGUUUAUCGCUACCCUGCAGUACGCUGUGGGCCGAAGCAGCAAACAAACCAAUCCGCUUCUCAUCCAUGUUGACACUAAGGCUGGGCAUGGAGCAGGAAAGCCAACUGCUAAAGUUAUAGAAGAAGUGUCGGAUAUGUUUGCUUUUAUAGCACGAUGUCUAAAUCUUGAGUGGAUUGAAUAGGCAAAAUGCUUAUUACUGUCUCCUUUAGAAAACAAGGGCUUUAACAUUUAAGAACAGCCACACUACUACUUGGUGUAGUACUUACAUUUAAGAACUACAGUUUAAUAUUUUAUUGAUCCAACCUGCUAUGGAGUUUUGAUCUUCUGUGCUUCCCUCUUUUUGGCAUUUCUUUGGGUUUUUUUUCUACUGCAUUCCAAAUUCCAUUUUGAAAAGCAUGUUCAAAAAAAUAGCUGAGCUACUCUCAGUACUGUUGUGAAAAUUUAGAUUUCAAAAUUAGUGCUAGUUGAGGUUAUUUCCUGUAAACAAUUUUAAUGUAUUUCAUCUAUAAACAUGUCCAGAUCAUUUGUAAUUAAAUGUAAGUACUGUUCACAUACAAGAACUCUGAGCAUAUUUUAUUUACACAGUAAUUUAAGAAUGUAAAUUGAAGGUGUUCAGUGAUAACCAUGAAAAACUGAAGAGACACUAAUACAGUUACAUCAAAUAUUAUUAAAAAGCUUAUAUUACAUUCUGUUCAUAAUCGUGUUACAAUCUGUAAUAAUGAUGUUGCUAAAUUGUUCUUUCUUUCCAAAGAGUCUUCAAAAUGUCACCAGUUUUCUGCCAUUUAUCUCUGCACAGAAAACUGGAGGCUGAAAAACUUGAAGAAGUCUUAGAUUCUCACUGUAAUCUCAGUCAAGCUAUACAGAUACUCUCCAACAACCUGUGUGAAGUUAUUUCUUUAACUGUUUCUGAAGAGUAGACCAGGCACUGAUUUAAAUAAAUGAACAAAAAAUAAGCUAACAAAAAAAAAACAAAACAAAAAAAUCCACCCCAACCCAAAGCCACAGCUUUGUCCAGAUUGUUCAGGUUCAGUUUUUUUCUGAUGCUUCUGACAGGAUGUUCUCUAACAAGGGAAAAUCUGAACAUGCACAUACAACCUAGUUUUGGCUGCAAAACAAGAGCUUGUAGUCAGACUCCCUAAUGAUUUGACACAGGCACAUUAUUUGAACUGCCAUUUUUCCCAUCUAAGCUGAAGAGCUAUAAAGUAGAUGUGAGUAUUUGCCUACUGUCUAAUCUCUCAUGCGCUGCAGCAAUUAAAGUUCGAUUUUGCAGAGAAAAAAGUAUUCUAUCAACUAUUAUUAGUCUUGUUGCCCCUCCAGAAAACAUCACUGUUUCUCAGUUUUGGAUGAACUGAUCUAAUCUUACAGAAUCAUGCUUGUCAUUACAUUCAUACUUAGACCCUAAGGACUGUAUUUUAACUCUGGGCUCAGGAGUUUUAUCUCUAAGCAAAUAGUGUCUCGGUGCAGGAAGAGGAGGGAGUGGUAUUUAAAAGAGAGGGCAAAAAUAAAAAUAAAUUUGUACCAGA